CUGCCUUUUUCUGUUGAAUUUGAAACUUGGUAAAACUAACCGGCAAAAGCCAAAUACUCAAUUCUUUCCAGGCCCAGAGAGGAACACCGAGAGAGAGAAAGAGAGAGAGAGCGGAGAGAAACAGCGACAUGGAAGACGAAAAUGGGUGGGAGAGAGAACCGAACAGCCGACACACAUUCGUCUUCGUCUCCUCGAGUAUCUUAUUGUUAGAUGGCCAGGCACAUAUACACACAUUUGUAUCUAGAUAUUAUAGUUCAUUCUGCUUUCUGUUGGCCAUGUUUUUCCCUCCGUCUGCAAAUGCAAUUUCUGUUGCUGCGACUCUUUUUCCCUCAGUUCUGUUCGGUUAGCGGAAGGUGACGCAUCAUCAUCAUCAUAUAGUCAGCUGAGUCCAACGAAAAAGUUCCGAAUUGGUUUCGUUGCGGUUUUCGAUUCGGAUUUCGCAUUAAUUAUUUAGUUUUAUAUUGUUGUUGCUCUUGGUUGUUUUUUUUGGCAAACACGUGUUAGAUGAUAAUUGCUUUACGCAUACUGCCGGCAAGCUAGCUAGCCUCAGUGCUCAGUGCUUCAGUCAGUAUUGCCUCGACAUCCGACCAAAGUACACGUCAACCAAGUUGCCGCUUUAGUGAAAAAAGAUUUCGUAUUGAACGGACAGACAUCACACGACAUAGAACCUUGUGCUCGGGGUUAUUGAAAUGGGCUACGAUGAGGCUAUUAGUGUGGUUGGAGAUUUUGGACGUUAUCAAAUGAUUAUAUAUCUAUUGAUAUGUCUUACCUCCAUUCCUGUGGCAUUUCACAAAUUGGCUGGAGUCUUUCUUCUCGCCAAGCCGGACUUUCGAUGUGCCUUGCCCUUUGACCUGGCGUCUGCGGAAACUGCCGUGGGUAGUGAGUAUGAGCUGUCACCGGAACAAUGGCAAAUAGCUUAUCCACCCAAAUCGGCGGGCGCCUGUGAGUCAUAUGAAGUGGAAUAUCAUAAUGGCAGUUGGACACGGAUUGGAAACUCAACCCAUAGUUGCAGUAGCUACAUCUACGAUCAGAGCAAAUAUCUGAAUAGUGCAGUGACCGAAUGGAAUCUUGUCUGUGGCCGAGGAUUCAUGGCGGCCACCAGUGAUUCGUUGUUUAUGUUGGGCGUACUUCUCGGCAGUUUCGUAUUUGGCCAAUUGAGUGACAAAUACGGAAGGAAACCCAUCUUUUUUGCCUCGCUGGUCAUCCAGGUGGUCUUUGGUCUUCUUGUGGCCAUGGCUCCUGAAUAUUUCACCUACACACUGGCCCGUCUAAUGGUGGGAGCCACUACAUCAGGUGUAUUUUUGGUGGCCUAUGUCAUUGCCAUGGAAAUGGUGGGUCCAAGCAAACGACUCUUUGCCGGCAUCUUUGUGUGUAUGUUCUUCUCGCUCGGUUAUAUGCUGACGGCUGUAUUUGCAUAUUUUGUGCACGACUGGCGAAAUUUGCAGAUUGCUUUAACGUUGCCGGGCUUAAUAUUUUUGUGCUACUACUGGGUCAUACCCGAAUCGGCUCGUUGGCUUCUCUCUAAGGGACGCAAGGAGUGCGCCAUAGCUAAUAUCCAGAGAGCGGCUCGUUUUAAUCGUGUGGAAGUUACCUAUGAGGCCUUGAGCACACUGCUCGAUGAGGGUGAGUCAGAGAUGCCGAAUGCCAAGCCAAUUGACCAGGAGCAUCAAGAGAAGCCACCAUCAAUAUGGGAUCUGUUUCGUUAUCCCAACUUGCGUCGCAAGACUUUAAUCCUGUUCUUUGACUGGCUGGUCACAAGUGGUGUAUAUUAUGGACUCUCGUGGAACACCAACAACUUGGGUGGCAAUGUAUUACUUAACUUUUUGAUUUCUGGCGCCGUCGAGAUUCCUGCCUACAUAUUCCUAUUGCUCACCCUCAACAGGUGGGGUCGUCGGUCCAUUCUCUGCGGUUGCAUGCUGAUGGCCGGCAUCAGCCUGUUGCUUACCAGUGUCAUUCCUGAGGACCUAAAUUGGAUGAUAGUCGCAUGCGCAAUGCUCGGGAAGCUGGCCAUAACCGCCUCCUAUGGCACAGUGUACAUAUUCUCUGCCGAACAGUUUCCCACUGUGGUGCGUAAUGUGGGUUUGGGUGCUGCCUCAAUGGUGGCUCGCAUAAGCAACAUGUUGGCGCCAUUUCUUAAUGUCUUGAGCAACAUAUGGACCCCAUUGCCAUUGGUUGUCUGCGGCGCUCUCUCGCUGAGUGCUGGCCUACUUUCCCUGUUGCUACCCGAGACCCACAACAAGCCGACUCUGGAGACCAUAGCCGAUGGUGAGAAUUUCGGCAAACAGACCAAGGGUAAUGUCUAUCUGGAGACGGGACGAGAGAUGUACGACACCAACAGUUUGGAGGCUCAGCCACUCAAAGCUGCCAACGGCCUUGCCAAUGGCCACAAGAACUAGCAAAAACCUAAUUCAAAGGAAAUCAUAAAAAGAAUACAUUUCUGUGCAGGGAUAACUUUAAACCUAUGACGAUUAAACAAUUUUCAACCAAAAGACAAAGUAUUAUACAAAUUACCUAAAAAAAAUCUCUUAGAUAAAAUUUAUUUAGCAUUUAGCCAGGCCCUCUAUCUAACUUAAUGUUUGGUUGGCAUCUAUUUUCUUUAGGAUUAUUAUUAUUCUUUCUCAUCUAUUCCAGUAAAUUGUA